ACUAUCCAUUCUUUCCAUCUCAACUUUGCUUUUAAUUAACUUGUUAGCAAUCGAACUAUCCAUUCAAAUUCAUCAGAGUUCUCUAUCUUCUUUCUCUGUUUAAGUUCAACCAUGGAGUUGAAGCUCCUUCACAUCCUCACUUACCUUUCGUUGGCACUAGUGGCAAGUUAUGCAGCUCUUCCUCCUGCAUCGAGCGGUCAAACUUAUUGGAAUACUAAGCUGCCUAAUACUCCCAUGCCCAAGGCAAUCAAAGAUUCUCUUCAGCCAACUGGAUUGACGGAGGACAAAAGAACUUCAGUGGAAGUAGGCAAAGGCGGAGUAAAUGUCAACACCGGCAAGGGGCACUCCGGCAGCGGCACCAACGUCAACGUUGGCCACAAAGGGGUAGGCGUAAACACCGGCAAGGGUCACUCCGGCAGGGGCGGCACCAACGUCAACGUCGGUCACAAAGGCGUCGGCGUAAGCACCGGCGGAGGAACCCACGUCGGCGUCGGCAAAGGAGGAGUUGGCGUCACCACCCCCGGCCACCACGGAAAGCCGCCAGUCUACGUCGGUGUACGUCCCGGACCAUCACCGUUUGUUUACAAUUACGCCGCCAAAGAUGAUCAACUUCACGAUAACCCAAACGUCGCACUUUUUUUCCUUGAGAAAGACUUGCACCAAGGGAGUAACAUGAACUUGCAAUUUGUGAAAACUACAAAUCAUGCCGCCACUUUCUUGCCUCGUCAAGUCGCAAAUUCUAUUCCCUUUUCGUCAAACAAGAUGCCAGAAAUUAUUAACCAGUUGUCAGUUAAGCCCGACUCUGAAGAAGCUCGGAUCUUGAAGCAGACUGUCCAAGAAUGUGAAGAGCCAGGUAUUAAAGGAGAAGAGAAAUACUGUGCCACUUCAUUAGAAUCCAUGGUUGAUUUCAGCACAUCAAAGUUAGGAAACGAAGUGCAACCAGUGUCAACAGAGACAGAGAAGGAAACUCAAAUGCAGAAAUACACAAUUCUAGGAGCCAAGAAAAUGGGAAAUGGGAAAUCUGAUGCUGUAGUUUGCCACAAGCAGAAUUAUGCAUAUGCAGUUUUCUACUGUCAUAAAACAGAGACAACAGAGUCAUACAUGGUUUCUUUGGUUGGUGCUGAUGGAACAAAGGCUAAAGCAGUAGCUGUUUGCCAUAAGGAUACUUCAGCUUGGAAUCCAAAGCAUUUGGCUUUUAAAGUUCUUAAGGUUACACCUGGAUCUGUUCCUGUUUGCCAUUUCCUUCCUGAGGAUCACAUUGUUUGGGUUCCUAAGAACUAGGUUUAUACAUAGAUGAUGUUUUAUUAUCUUUUUAUUUGUGUUGUUUUUAUGUAAUAAUUCAGAGUAUGUUGUGCUUAUUAAUUACAGUUUUAUCUUGUAAUACUUCACUAUACAAAUAAAUAAUUUCAGCAUAUGUUUUACAUUUCCA